AUGUAUCUUAUUAUAUAUCUAUAUUAUUCUUUUUUUAUUUUUCUUAUUCUGAUUCUAUCUAUCUAUCUAUCUAUCUAUCUAUCUAUCUAUCUAUCUAUCUCUCUAAUUCUCUUCUUAUGUACCUCUCCUUGUCUAAUUCUCUUUUUCUUCUCUCUCUCUCUCUCUCUCUCUCUAACGCUCUACUUAAUUCUCUUCUUAUCUAUCUAUUUCUCUAACUCUCUCUCUCUAUUUUUCUAUCUAUCUAAUUUUCUUCCUAUGUAUCUCUCCUUAUCUAAUUCUCUUCUUAUCUAUCUAUCUAUCUAUCUAUCUAUCUAUCUAUCUAUCUAUCUAUCUAUCUAUCUGUCCAAGCCUAUUCAUAUCUAUCUAUCUAUCUAUCAGUUUAUUCAUAUCUAUCUAUCUGAACCAGCCUAUUCAUAUCUAUCUAUCUAUCUAUCUAUCUAUCUAUCUAUCUAUCUAUCUAUCUAUCAGUUUCUUCAUGUCUAUGUAUCUAUCUAUUUAUCUGAACCAGCCUAUUCAUAUCUAUCUAUCUAUCUAUCUAUCUAUCUAUCUAUCUAUCUAUCUAUCGCGAUCUUUUUUUUCUUACCUCAGAAUUGCCCGUGA